CGUACUGAUGUGCAAGCCUCGUUUAAGCUUGUGAAAUCAGCUGAACAACACCGAGCGCAUAGCUGCGCAUAGGUGUGCGCAGCUACUCGAACGGUACGCAUGCCGAUUCGCGAGCUCAGUGACCAUAGCUUGUGUUACCUAAGUAGUCUCUAUGUUUUGGCCACCUCAGGUACAAAUAGGCCACUACACAUCGGUCCUUUGUGCAAACGAGACACUAUGUGCGUGCGUGGGCCUAUGAUGGAGACAAACUUUACCGGCAGCGCUGUGUGUUGCACUCGUUUGUCACGCUGCUGAUGCGAUCCAUCGGUGCAGUGCGGAUUAUUUUCACUUUCUGUCUCACGAGGGGAUGUACAUCUUCCACGUGUGGAGCCCGUUCAUUCUAUUUGUGCUGUUCCACGAUUUGACUCUCGGACAACGUUCAGAAAAACAAUGGAAGAUAGCAACCCCAGUGGUGUCGCCAUACUUUCAUGUGGAUCCGCACUCAAACGAAACUACUGGACUCAUGCAUCGGUUAUUUGAGGAAACAUCAGAACUCAGUGUUGACAACUUCACCGUUUAUCCGAUUCAAACUUGGUUCCAAGAAACAUCCGGCGAAUUGGCACAUAACUUGACAAGUUUCGAAGCUGGUGCGCUGAACUGUAUUGCACAGAUCAACGAAAGUGAAAACUCACCAGACUCGUGUCUCGCAUUGAUUACACUUGCUACCAUGCGUGUUCUUGAUGGUCCAAUCCCGCCAUUGGUCAUCCCGUUGGGGAUGAAUCUGAAGCCGGUCCUAAUGGCUACAUGUGUCGGACAACAGUGUCCUAGACGAAUGAGUCCAUCCGUACUACAAUCGCUGUACUUUUUGCGGUCGUUCAAUUCUUCCGUUUGGUCGUUACUGCUUCUCUGCAUAUUAACUGUGGCUUCAGCACUAUUUGUCUUCGAACGGACGCCUUUGAUUUAUGUAGACAAGAACUCUCGGGAAUCGAACGAUGGGACUGAUUGUUUCAAUCUCACAGACUCAUUGUUGCGCGUCUUACUGGGGCUACUAUUGCAGCCAUAUCCCAAGUUUCCACGCGCAUGGGCUGGAACGGUCUUGCUUCUGUUCUGGUACGCUUUUUGCCUGAUUGUUGUAAUCGCGUACGCACUUGGCACCUCCAAACUGAUUUUCCAAACUCCAGCCGAAGUCGACGAGUAUUCCACAACUCUGUAUCUAUCCCCGAACAGCAAUGUGUUAUGUGAACGCAACAGUCCUUGGUGUGAUAUCCUCAAAGCUAAUUCUGGCCUUCAUGUGACGGAAUUGCGAUUACCGAGAGAUGCUUCUGGCCAACUUAGUGUUCCAGAAUUAAAUCUAUCAUUUGCUUUGAUAACCGAUCAACUAACAGCUUCAUCACUUGAAAACCGCUGUCACAAUGACGCCCAAAACAACUGUUCUGGACAGACUCAGUGGUUUCCUGCGCAAUUUGAUUGUUCUGCUGAAUUCAAGGCGAUGUACAUACCAUCUCUAUCCUUGGGUUUUGUAACCUCAAUCCCAGAGGCGGCUUGGAGGAUAAGUCAACAUAUGCAGGUAACUGAGUGGUUUGAAGUGUACGGCUGCAUUCGAUGUGCAAAUGUCGCGGAAGAUUGGUUGGAUUGGUGA